AAACUUGGAAAAGAAAGGAAGAAAGAUGUAAACGCAAACAUCAGCUACCAACGUGUGUAUGGCAUAGUACUGCAGAUGUGUUCUUGUUUACAGUAAGUUGUAGUCUUCGUUAUACGCUUGGAAGGCCCAGUCUGAUUCCAUGCAUGGAGCAUUUCGAAGAGGAUUUAGUGGAGGCACUGAAGGAAAUAGUGAGAGACGGAAACUGGCAGUGUGUAGGAGACAAGUCUGGUUUCCAGGUGCCAUGUACCAAGUUAUAUUCAGAGGACGGCGAACAUUUGGUCUUAGUGCACACAGAAGAUGACAAAUUCUGGGCAAUGGAUUCGUCUUGUCCGCACGAGGGGGGUCCAUUGGAACUUGGUGACAUUGAGGACCUUGGCGACGGUAAAAUGGCACUAAUCUGCCCGUGGCAUCAGUUUGACUUCUGCCUGGACACAGGAGCCUCCUCUACUGGGCUGCAGAAUCAAGUUUACAACGUGAAAGUGGUGCAAGGGAAGGUGUAUGUCAACUCACAGAACGAGUUGUCUCAGAGCCCUUUCCCUGAAGCCAACACCAUAGUUGUUGACCAAUUAUGCAUUGCAAAUGGUAACAAACAGUCUUCAGAGAAUAGCCUUUGUUACUGGGCCACGAAGAUCCUGUGUACGCCUGAUCCAGAGGAGAAGGUGACCUUGACCCUGGAGGUGCAAAGGAAGUGGAACUCAGGGGAGAUCCCAGAUGUGGGCGGUGCAACACCUCCAGCCCAGCCCAGCAGGAAGGAGAACCUGACUGUGCUGCAGCCUGGCAAGAUCAAACGGGGCAAAGGAGGAACCCUGGCCAGCCGAGUGGCCCUUCUGCACUCUCUUGCGAACAUUGAGCAGUGGGCCAUCGACCUGUCCUGGGACGUCAUCGCUCGCUUCUCCGACACCAGGCUGAACACAGGGGCGCCGCUGCCUCGCCAGUUCUUCAGUGACUUUGUCAAAGUGGCUGGCGAUGAGGCAAAGCACUAUCACCUGCUGGAGAAGCGCAUCACAGAACUCGGCAGUCACUUUGGAGCCCUACCUGUGCAUAACGGACUGUGGCAGUCUGCAUCAGACACGGCUCAUGAUCUCCUGGCCAGGCUGGCCAUCGUUCACAUGGUACACGAAGCCAGAGGUCUUGACGUGCACCCUCAGACGCUCUCUCGCUUCGCCGCCCAGGGCGACGCCCAAUCCGUGGAGGCGCUGGAGGUCAUCUACUCAGACGAGAUCACCCACGUGGCGGCGGGUUUGCGCUGGUUCACCUACGUGUGUGGCGAGGAGGGCAGGGAGUGUGUGCCCACGUUUCAUGAGCUGGUGAAGUUGCACUUUAAAGGUUACCUGAAGCCCCCAUUUAACACAGAGGGAAGGAAAACAGCAGGGAUGACAGAGGAGUGGUACGUUCCUUUGGUGAAACCCUCCAGCUGACCGAAAGAAAAUACAAAGACAAUGACUGGGGCCUAACAUAGACAGAGGACCAUUAAAUAACGAAGGAAAUAGGAGAGGGAAUAGCCAGAGAACGGAAGAUCGGAAUCACCUUACUACAAUCAAUAAGAGGACAUAACACAUGCCAUUCAUUGUCCCUGCUGUUAGGGGCCUGUGAAAGAGGUUGAACAUGUAUGUAUGUAUGUAUAUGUAUGUAUGUCUGUCAUGCAAUUUUAGAAUGUUUUCAGAAUGCUUCCUAUUAAACAUGAGGAUAUUACAUUUGAA